GCCGCUUCCCACCGCCCUUCCCGUCGGCUCCUGGCUCCUCCUGGGCUCGGUGGCGGUGGGAAGGCGCAAGCGCGGUUGGCGGCCGGCAGGAGCGCGGAGUAGUGGCGCGGGACGCGCGGGAAUCAUCAUCAAAGGACCUACCAGAGACCACAGGAAAACAUGGGGAGAAUUUUCCUCACAGGAGAAAAAGCCAAUUCAGUAUUAAAACGCUACCCAAGAGCUAAUGGACUUUUUGAAGAGAUAAGGCAGGGCAAUAUUGAACGUGAAUGCAAAGAAGAAGUCUGCACAUUUGAAGAAGCAAGAGAAGCUUUUGAAAAUAACGAAAAAACUAAGGAGUUUUGGAACACUUACACAAAAGCACAACAAGGAGAGAGUAACAGAGGAAGUGACUGGUUUCAGUUUUACCUUACCUUUCCAUUAAUUUUUGGCCUCUUCAUUAUCCUCCUUGUCAUUUUCCUAAUCUGGAGAUGCUUCCUAAGAAACAAAACUCGCAGACAGACAGUGACUGAAGGCCAUAUUCCUUUCCCUCAGCACCUCAAUAUUAUCACUCCGCCUCCUCCACCAGAUGAAGUCUUUGAUAGCAGCGGAUUGUCGCCAGGCUUUCUGGAAUAUGUAGUUGGGCGCUCAGAUUCCGUCUCCACUCGCCUGUCCAACUGCGAUCCCCCACCGACCUACGAGGAAGCCACUGGUCAGGUGAACCUGCGGAGGAGUGAAACAGAACCUCAUUUAGAUCCACCCCCAGAGUAUGAGGACAUCAUCAACUCCAACUCAGCCAGUGCCAUUGCUAUGGUGCCUGUGGUCACCACCAUCAAAUGAAACUGCACACUUCUUUUUAUUAUAAUCAUUUUUAAAAUACUAAUGAAAGAACUUUCUAGCACUUUACCACUACAUAAAUGUGCAUUUGACUUAUUGGAUUCUGACAGCAUACCACUUCACAUCCUCUGAUUUGAUUUUCAUUAGUUUUGUUUCCUACUAUAAAUUCAUUAUCCAUGCUCAUUUUUGCUAAUGGAAAUAUGUUAAGAGGGAAAAAUACUAGUGGAGGUCUUCGUGUGAGGAGAUGUACAUGUGUGUACGCAUAUGUUUAUGUAUAUAUGUACAUGCACAUAUGUGUGUGUGUACAUCAGCCCAGUGUACGGGCAACUGUCUUAAAAAGUCAUUAACAUCUAUCUAAAUCACCUGUAAAGUUAGAACAUUACUCACCAAAACCGGGGUGGGGGAGAAGGCACCAACAACGUGUGUAACAGGUAGCAACAUGCUGUUGAAUUUUGAAAAUAAGAUGAACUUAGCAUGUUUUCUGAUUCGUACAGUCUUUUGUUAACCUUCUUCAACUACCUUAAAAGGAAAAAAAAAUGCAUGUAGUCAAUCUUGACUUUAGGAACAGCUCAGAAGGCGACAGAGAAGGAAGGCACAAUAAACAAUACCUUGCUUAUUUCAGUGGACAGCAAGAAAAUCAUGGGUCCUUAGUGGCAUUUGGCUGGUUUCAUAGGAGGGAUUUUUGUUGCUGUUAUUGACUGCCUCCCCCACAAAAAUUAAACAGUAUUUGCUCAGUA